ACAUAUAUCAUAUUAAACCGAUGAGACGUGUUCUUGUAUUCUUAAUUACUAGUUCGGACUAAUUCGCUUGAGUGCGGAGUGAUAUUCGAUGUAAAAUCCCAGCCAGCUCUACCUUCUUUUUUCCCCUCGGUGGAGGCCAUGAUGGGAGCCUAAGACUUCAGCUGGAGCAACAGCGGCCAAAAAAAGAAGAUGAUUCCUUGGGACCGAGCUGUCAAACCGACCUCCUUGGCUUCUUGAGCAUUGUAUACUCUCUAUACAUUUAAGGUGGAGACUGUCACUCUAUUUUCCAAUGUGUUCUCGGCGGUUGGUCGAUGACGAUGUUGAAUCGUUAGGAGGUUUUGGCGUAAAAAAGGAGGUAGCGUUAGCCAUUGUUGCUAGCUGCUAGGCUAGCGAGCUAACCUGGUCUGGAGACCAGUGUCAGGACCCGGUGUGUCUUCACUCCCUUUCGCUGCUGCCGCUGCUGACACAGAGUCAUCGGCUUGGAUCGUGUUUCACGUCUACAUGGUUUACCCGAGGCUUGCUGCAUGUAUUUAAUUCGGGCGUAUUUGCAAGACGAAUUACGGGAUUUGGAAAGUCGGGCCUGUGUGGAGGAGCAGAGCAAGGCCCGUCUUUAUGAUCCAGAGGAAGCCUGUCUAAUCCGACCCUCGGCCAGCACUGCUUCUGCGGGCUAGCACGUCUUUGAAAGGAGGAGCUGCAAAACUUCAACGAGCAGACAGCCAUUAUCGAAGGCGACGAAUACGACCAUACAGCCAUUAAUAGGAAAAACGUGUUUUCAUCAUUUAACCCCAUAUAGACUCCAGUCACCUGCUACGAUGGCUGCGAUUAUAAAAGAAAUGGUCAGCCGGAACAAAAGGAGAUAUCAAGAGGACGGCUUCGACUUGGACUUAACAUAUAUCUACCCAAACAUCAUUGCUAUGGGCUUUCCAGCAGAGAGACUUGAAGGCGUGUACAGAAACAAUAUAGAUGAUGUAGUACGGUUUUUGGAUUCAAAGCAUAAAAACCAUUACAAAAUUUACAACCUCUGCGCAGAAAGACACUACGAUGCUGCCAAAUUUAACUGCAGAGUUGCACAGUAUCCCUUCGAAGACCACAACCCUCCUCAGCUGGAGCUCAUCAAGCCGUUUUGUGAAGACCUGGACCAGUGGCUCAGUGAAGACGACAAUCAUGUGGCGGCCAUCCACUGUAAGGCGGGGAAGGGCCGAACAGGAGUCAUGAUCUGCGCCUAUCUCCUCCAUCGCCGCAAAUUCAUGGAGGCCCAAGAAGCACUUGAUUUCUACGGUGAAGUCAGGACAAGGGACAAGAAGGGAGUAACGAUCCCGAGCCAGCGCCGUUACGUCUACUACUACAGCCACCUACUGAAGCAACAGCUAGAGUACAAGCCGGUGGCGCUCCUCUUCCACAAAAUGGUGUUCGAAACCCUCCCUAUGUUCAGCGGGGGCACCUGCAGGGACAGUACGGUUAAAAACAGGAGCGAGCCAACCACUCAGGGCUUCAAGAAAGGGAAUUGGAAUUGGGACCCCCAGUUUGUGGUGUACCAGCUGAAAGUGAAGAUCCACACGUCAAACCCUGCUCACACGCGCCGAGAGGACAAGCACAUGUUAUUUGAAUUCCCUCAGCCGCUGCCCGUUUGUGGGGACAUCAAAGUGGAGUUCUUCCAUAAACAAAACAAGAUGAUGAAAAAGGACAAAAUGUUCCACUUCUGGGUGAACACCUUCUUCAUCCCUGGACCAGAGGAGAGCGUGGACAAGAUGGAAAACGGGGCGGUGAACAAUGCAGAGAGCCAGCAGGGCGGCGUCGGACAGGGGCAGCAGCAGCCGCAGCUACAGAUGCAGCCGCUGCGCAACGAGAGCAGGGACAGCUGCAGGGACAGCGACAGGGACUACCUCAUCCUGACGCUCACCAAGAACGACUUGGACAAGGCCAACAAAGACAAAGCUAAUCGCUACUUCUCGCCAAACUUCAAGGUGAAGUUGUAUUUCACGAAGGCCGUGGAGGAGCCUUCGAACUCGGAGCCGAGCACUUCGACAUCCGUCACCCCGGACGUUAGCGACAAUGAGCCAGACCAUUAUCGAUACUCUGACACCACUGACUCUGAUCCGGAAAAUGAACCUUUUGAUGAAGAGCAGCACACGCAAAUCACGAAAGUGUGAACUCUUUUUAAAUACACACAAGAAAAGAAGAAAUUAUACACCAGAAAAAAAAAAGGAGAAAACUUGAAUAUAAACUCAAAAGAAGAAACUUUUGUCCCUUCCUUUUACCCCAGACGGCAAUAGAAUAUCAUCCUGUCGAAUGCCAAUUUUAGGGAAGAAAAAAGAAAAAGAAAAAAAAAAAAAGAUAAAUAUCCUGACCAAUUAUUUUUCUUUUUUUCUUUUUUUUUUUUCUUUUUUUUUUUCUUUGGCACGGCCACGUACCAUGUGUGAGGUAUUGACACUGUUGCCCCAUGGGAAAAGAUGCUGUAGCUAUAAAAAAAAAUGUGUUUAUAUAUAUAUAUACAUAUAUGUGUAUAUACAUAUAUACAUGCAUAUAUAUAUAAACAAACUUUUGUGUCAAAGACAAUGUAAAGAGUACACAAUCAGGAGACGGGAGUUGAAGUGUGGGAGAAGUUAGAACGACGUAUUAGGACUAUGCUGCUCCUUCUCCUGUCUAAACCAAGGCCAGUGCUGCAGUCACUUUGUUUCACUCCCUCUCUGCUCCCCCUCACCUCCCUCCCUCCCCUCCCUCCUUCCUCCUCCCUCACUUCUUCUCUCAUCUUUUACUUCCCUCCAUCCUCUCCUCCUCCCUCUUUUACUGUGAAUGCUUCUCGUGCUCUUUGCAGGCUGUCUCACGUGACUUUUGGCCUUUUGUGCAGUGCAAACUGCAUGCGGGCAGUGGGUUGGGGGUGGGCGGGGUUAUGAAGAGGCUGUGAUAAUGUCUAAAAGCAUUGCCAUUCCUGUUCCCACUGUGUAUACGUUAAGUUAUGCAGAACAAGGCAUCCCAUGUAAUUGUUAAUGUUUUUUUAUCCUAAGAUAAUAAAAAAAUAUAAUACACGAAACAGCAGGGAGACAAGUGUUUGCAAUAAUGUCGACACUACAUUGAGAGGACAGUGGUGAUUUGCAUGUAUUGGAAUUGGCGUCCAUCCCUAAUAAAUGUAUGCAAUGUUGUC